AUGAGAUUGAAUUUGGUUUUGACAACAUGUUUGUCCUUAAUGAGUGCCGUCAAGUUAUCUGUGGCACAAGAUGUUGAAGAUGCUAUUGAUCCAUCCGAUAUCAUUCUUGACAAUGAAAAGCAAGAAGUUGUACCACCAUCACAACAAAACACCAUUAACUUGAAUAUCACUUACGAAAUUAAUGAAAGAUUAGAUGCUGAUAAAUCUGAAUUCCUUGAAUUUUACAAUGAUGAAUUGGCUACAUUAAAUUAUACAUUUGUCAAUAAUGAAGAUAGAAACAUAACCAUCAUGGGUAUUGGUGGUCAUAUCUUAUCCAUGCCCAACGGUGAAAUGGCUGCUAACAUCACCGUUGGUAAAGUUGGUCCAAUCUUAGUUGGUAUCAAUGAAACUGCUCGUUUCCAACAACAAUUACAAUUCCAUCUUGAUGAAGGUCAAUAUUAUUUGAUUCCAAUUGUUCAUAUUACAGAUGAUGAUAUUACUAAAAUUGAACUUGGCGAAGAAGUUCCUACUAUGAAAGUUACAGUCCCACCAAGUUUUGUCCAAAUCGUCGAACCACCUUUACCUUUUUUCAGUUUUGAAUUCUUAUCUGUUGAAUUGUUCUUAGUGGCUAUCAUUGGUGGUGCUUCUUAUUAUUAUUUCGUUUAUAGACCAAAUACCAUCACUCAAGACCUUAAGAAGAAGAAUAAGAAGAAAGCUGCCAAGACUGUUGCAGGUUCAUCUGAAGAAGAUAAGUCUGAAUGGUUACCAGAACAAUACAAGAAGUAG